AACUGUGUUGUUUGUGAAAGAAGUCAUUAUAUUUAAUAUUAUAUACAUGAAGAUAUUGGAAAUUUUUACUUGUAUCUAAAUUACACAUAUAUAUUGGUGAUUGUAUAUACCUAAAAAAUACUACGCACAAUGGUUCGACAAGUUUUUACUGGUUCUAUGAUUCAUGCAGAUGAAAAUGGAGAAGUGAUUUUUAAGGAGAGUGUUACGAUACUUGUCGAGGAUGGCCAGAUUGUUGAUGUUACGGAAAAUCCAGAUCAACAGAAGAUAGAUGCUUUUCACGCAGAUGAAGUUAAUAAUUUAUCACCAGGACAAUUUAUAAUACCUGGAUUUAUCGAUUGCCAUAUACACGCGGUGCAGUUUCCGAAUCUUGGAUUGGGCUACGAUAAAACUCUCUUAGAUUGGCUGGAAACCUAUACUUUUCCAUUGGAGAGGCAAUAUACUAGUCAAGAACUUGCAGAAAAAGUGUUUGAAGUUGUUGUGAAACGAACUAUACAAACUGGAACAACAACAGCAUGUUAUUUUGCAUCUCUGUAUACCGAGGCAUCUGCAAUUCUCGGGCAAAAAUGUUCACAGUUUGGUCAACGGGCUUUCAUCGGAAAAGUAAACAUGAAUGACCCACGGGAUGAUGGAUAUUACGAAACCACGGAAAAAUCAAUCGAGACUACUAAGGCCUUUAUAGAAGCUAUCGACAAAAUAGCAGAUCCCCUUGUAAAACCGAUUAUUACACCAAGAUUUGCAUUGAGCUGUGACUUGGAUUUAAUGAAACAGUUGGCAGAGAUUGCUAAAGAAAAAGAUUUACACAUACAGAGUCACGUUUCUGAAAAUAAAGAUGAGAUAAAAGCCGUGAAAGAAAAAUUCGGAUUAGCGACAUACACAGAUGUUUACGAAACCGCUGGUCUUCUUACCAACAAGACAAUAUUAGCACACGGAGUCUACCUUGAAGAUAGUGAACUUAGCACACUUGCAAAAACAGGAACAGCUAUAAUUCACUGUCCAACUUCGAAUUUAAAUCUGAAAAGCGGUCUUUGCGACGUGCGGAGACUAAAAGCUAAUAAUGUCAAUGUUGGCAUUGGAACAGAUGUUUCCGGUGGAUCAAGUUAUAACAUCUUGGAUGAAAUAAGAUCGGUUUUACAUGUAUCAAAUGCUGUAUCUUUUUCUUCAACGGGAGAUUAUGUGCCACUUGAUUACAAAGAUGUCUUCACUAUGGCAACAUUAGGAAGUGCUAAAGCGCUUUCGAUUGAGGACAAAGUCGGUAAUUUCAUGCCAGGCAAAGAAUUUGAUGCUCUCGUCAUAGAUUCGAACGCAGAAAACAGCUUGUUAGACAACUUCACAGAUUACACACUCGAGGAAAAUCUUCAAAGAUUUAUAUAUUCGGGGAAUGAUCAUAAUAUAGUAUCAGUUUAUGUAAAAGGUAGAAAAGUUAAGUAAAAAAGAUUUUAUUUCAUAAGAUGUUACUUUU